AUGAGAGCCGAGGGCAUACUCAUCCGGUCCUUCUGGCCAUUUGUCUACUCCGUCCAGAAUGGCCAUUGCCAUGCCAUUAUCAAGAUGCAUCUCAAAGUGACAGUGCAGCAACCACGCUCCCGGACAAGUCACCUGGUACCGCAGGACCACCUAUAUCAUUCCUGUGAAUUAUGUCAGGAAGGUAUCACGGUAGGGUGGGUUGACUAG